AUGGCAGUGGCCGCCAAUGCAGCCUCGUUAGCUGAACUUUGCACAGUAUCGAACGUGCAAGCCUCUCUUCCUUCUAACGGCACUCUUCUCGGAAUCGAAUUGCUACCCGGCACCGUGACUGCCAGUGCGCUCUACAAUGCUACCCUUGAAAGCAGCGGCAUGGGAGCGUCGACAACUGAUGCUGCUACCUACUCCUACUGCAACGUCACUGUCAGCUAUACCCAUACUGGAAAGGGAGACGCAAUCCCCCUCAGAUUCGCCUUCCCGGAUCCUUCGAGCUUCGCGAAUCGUUUCUAUCUUGCUGGUGGCGGAGGUUUCUCUCUCCAGAGCGUUGCCACCGGAGGUUUGCCAUACGACGCGGCUUCUGGAGCCACAUCGGCAGGUUACGACGCUUUCGACCAGAGCUAUGAUGAGGCAGUGCUGUAUGGCAACGGAACCAUCAACUGGGAUGCUACCUACGCCUUUGCCUACACCGCGCUGGGGGAGUUGACGAAGAUUGGCAAGCCGCUCACACAGGCUUUCUACGGUCUGAACGACACCAAGGUAUACACCUAUUUCGAGGGCUGCUCUGAUGGUGGCCGUGAGGCUAUGAGCCAGGUACAGCGCUGGGGCGAGGAGUACGAUGGCGUCGUAGCUGGUGCGCCUGCUUUCCGCUUUGCGCAGCAGCAGGUGCUUCAUGUCUACCCUGCUACCAUCAACGUUAUCAACGACUACUAUCCUCCACCAUGCGCUUUAGCCAAGAUUGUCAACGCCACUAUCGCUGUCUGUGAUCCUCUGGAUGGACGUACUGAUGGUGUCAUAUCUCGCACCGACCUUUGCAAACUCAACUUCAACCUCAGCUCCUUGAUCGGCGAAAGCUACUACUGCGCAGCGCAGACCAGCACUUCCCUCGGCUUCGGCUUCAGCAAGCGCGACCUCAACAAGCGCCAGAUGCCGGGUGGCCAAACCAGCGCUCAGCCCGACCAGAACGGCACCAUUACUGCAGACGACAUCGCGGUAGCCCAGGGCGUCUAUGACGGUCUACAUAACUCCAAGGGCGAGCGCGCAUACCUCUCCUGGCAGAUCGGCUCCGAACUCAGCGAUGCCGAUCCAACAUACAACAACGCGACCGGAAAGUGGGAGCUCAGCAUUCCUUCCACGGGCGGCGAGUACGUGACCAAGUUCGUCCAACUGCUCGACCUAGACAACCUCGCCAACCUCGACAACGUCACCUACGACACGCUUGUAGAAUGGAUGAACAUUGGCAUGAUCCGCUACCUCGACAGCCUGCAAACCACUCUACCCGAUCUUACUCCGUUCCAGUCCUCCGGCGCCAAGAUGAUUCACUACCACGGCGAGUCGGACCCGUCCAUUCCCGCUGCAUCAUCCGUUCAUUACUGGCAGUCCGUCCGCUCAAUCAUGUACCCCAACAUGACCGAUGCCGAAGCCCAGGAAGCCAUGGCUGACUGGUACCAAUUCUACCUUGUGCCUGGCGCGGCGCACUGUGGUGCUAAUAAGCUCCAGCCUGGUCCUUACCCGCAGGAUAACAUGGCUACGAUUAUUGAUUGGGUUGAGAAUGGGGUUAAGCCCAGUCGCCUCAAUGCGACUGUGUCGGCGGGUGAUAACGCUGGAGAGGUGCAACAGCUUUGCCAGUGGCCUGCACGACCGCUUUGGGCAGGAAACAGCUCUGACUUUGAAUGUGUUCAGGAUGAGGCGUCUAUUGAGAGCUGGACGUACACUUUUGAUGCGUUCAAGAUGCCUGUUUACUAA